UCUAGCUACGCCUUCCGCUAAGCGCUGGGAGCCCAGCAGAGCGCUCAUUUUCGGAUUUGGGAGAGGGGUGAAAAGAGGAAAGGCAGCCCCCGCGCGGGGAGGGAGGACUCUGGCUCGCGCCCUCCUCCUGGCGGGCCGCCCGGCGAGCCCGGGCGCGCGCGGAGCCGGCGGCGCAGGGAGCUGUCCAGUUCAGCACCACCCGGUAAUGCAGUAGGUGGGAGCGCCUCCGCCGGGGGCCGGGCCGGCAGGGAGUGGGGGGGCAGGCGGGCGGCCCAUCCUGCAGCAAGACGCCGGCUCCCUUGUUUCCAGGAGCUUUGCAGAUAGGGGGAGGGAAACCCGCCUCGAUUCUCCGGGAGAAACCCCUUCCCUCCCCCACUUCGCCAACACUCUCCCCGCCACCAACAACAAUAACCGCCGCCGCUGCUCGUCCUGCCGCCGCCGCUGCGCCUGCCCGCCCUGCUGCUGCCGCCGCUGCCGCUGCCGCUGCCGGGGCAAAACCAUGGAAGGCGAGACCCCCGCACCUGUUCAGCUGAGAUCAAGGGCUUACAGAAUACUGAGAAGUCUGGUCUGAAACGAAAGCGCCCGAGACCCCCCAAGGAAGAGAACUGGCGAAGCAAAGGAUUUUCAUGGCGCAGGCCGCAGAGCCGAGAACGAAGACGGAAGGUUGCAUCUCGGCUUUUACAAUCUCUAACUGUCUAGGUCCCGACCAUGAGAGAUUGUGUUGAGAAUGCGGCUGUUCCCUGGUUCACUGUGGAAGCCAUCUCCAAAUUAGCUAUCACAUAUGGAAACUGGAGACCAGAAUUUUAGGAAAAGAGAUUAAGGCAUCUCACUUGGGGGGGUGGGGGGAGUCUUUUUAUUUUUUCCUUUUUUAAAAAAAAAAAAAUCACUGCAACUGGAACAGUUUCUGAUCUCCAAAGGCAAGCCUCGCUUCCCGUGUGAUGUUUAUAAUUUACACUUUUCCGUGAGCUUUCUUACCUCCCUUUUUUUAUAUCUCUCCAUAUUCUCUAUUCACACAUGUAUCCAUUAUAUUAGUAGUGGAAUUAUUUUUUUUGCUUUAGUAAUUGCACCCUCACACACACUCUCCCGAGAACCAGAAGUCGGUUGGGUGUUUAUAUAAUGAAGAAUUAUGGGGCUGUUUGAUCGAGGUGUUCAAAUGCUUUUAACCACCGUUGGUGCUUUCGCUGCCUUCAGUCUGAUGACCAUAGCUGUGGGAACCGACUAUUGGCUCUACUCCAGAGGGGUUUGCAAGACCAAAAGUGUCAGUGAGAAUGAAACCAGCAAAAAGAACGAGGAAGUUAUGACCCAUUCUGGAUUAUGGAGAACCUGCUGCCUGGAAGGAAACUUCAAAGGUCUCUGCAAGCAAAUCGAUCACUUCCCAGAGGACGCAGAUUACGAAGCUGACACAGCAGAAUAUUUCCUCCGGGCCGUGAGGGCCUCGAGCAUCUUCCCGAUCCUGAGUGUGAUUCUGCUUUUCAUGGGUGGACUCUGCAUCGCAGCCAGCGAGUUCUACAAGACUCGACACAACAUCAUCCUGAGUGCCGGCAUCUUCUUCGUGUCCGCAGGUCUGAGUAACAUCAUUGGCAUCAUAGUAUAUAUAUCUGCCAAUGCCGGAGACCCCUCCAAGAGCGACUCCAAAAAGAAUAGUUACUCGUACGGCUGGUCCUUCUACUUCGGGGCCCUGUCCUUCAUCAUCGCCGAGAUGGUCGGGGUGCUGGCCGUGCACAUGUUUAUCGACCGGCACAAACAGCUGCGGGCCACGGCCCGCGCCACGGACUACCUCCAGGCCUCCGCCAUCACCCGCAUCCCCAGCUACCGCUACCGCUACCAGCGCCGCAGCCGUUCCAGCUCCCGCUCCACUGAGCCCUCACACUCCAGGGACGCCUCCCCCGUGGGCCUCAAGGGCUUCAACACCCUGCCGUCCACGGAGAUCUCCAUGUACACCCUCAGCAGGGACCCCCUGAAGGCCGCCACCACGCCCACCGCCACCUACAACUCCGACAGGGAUAACAGCUUUCUCCAAGUUCACAACUGUAUCCAGAAGGAGAACAAAGACUCUCUCCACUCCAACACAGCCAACCGCCGGACCACCCCCGUGUGAAGCUGUGGGGGCCUCGCCAGCGCCGCCUGCCGGCUCCCAGGCAGAGCCCGGAGUGGGGGUGCGGCCCGCGCGCGGGGUGGGCCGGGGGGUGGGGGGAGGGUGGGGAAAACCAAAUCAUCCACGGGGGAAAAUCCUUCCAAAAGCAAAAAAAAAAAAAAAAAAAAGAAAAAAAAAAAGAAAAACAUAAGUAAAAAAAAAAAAAAAAAAAAAGAACAAAAUAUAAGAGGAACAAAGAAGCCAAACAACAGGAAAUGUGGAAAAAAAAAAAUAAACGAGGGAAGGAAAAACAAACUUUAAAAAAAGCAAGAGAGGAUAAAAAAUUAAAAAUAGAAAAUAAAUCUAAAAGAAAAUGCAUGAUUUCCCAUGUACCAUUAUUUUAACAUUUAAUAAAAACCAAUUUAAAUGAAAAAAUAAAAGGGAACCAAGAUAACAUUAAAGCAAAAAAAUGAGAAGGAGCAGAAAGGAAGAGGGAUGUUCUUUGCAUUGAUCAGCGGUUUAUGUUACUUGCUUUUGUUUUGAACUCGGGAGAGUUACUUUUCUGUUCCCUGUCACCCCAAGCGGGCUCUGCCUCCCUGGCUGAGUGGGGGGUGGAGACUCAGGGCCCAGGGCCAGGUGAGCCUCGGUCACUGCCAGGUCCCUGGAGCCUCUGAUAGGUGCCCCAGGAACGCUGGGCAAGCUCCUGGCUUGCGAGCCGGCUCCACCCAGUAUCGAUGGGGCUACUGUAGGCCUCCAGGUGACCCAAGAGUUCUUGGUCCCUCCUGUCCGAAAGGUGCCUGGAGGGGGUGCACUUGGGGCUCAUCGAGCCCCCAGUUCCCAGUCCUUAAUGGUCCUUAACCCACUGUGAUGACUUCCUAGGCCUUGAGGGAAAGGAAGGAGAGGGGAUGGCUGCCGGUGGCUUGCCGAGAUGCCCAGAAACCCCGGAAUCCUCAGGGUGAGCUUCUUGGGGACACCACCCCAAGCUCCUGUCCUUGGGGGCAGGAGAUCCCACCCCCCGGGGGAUAUAAAGCAGCUCUCCCUCCUCACCCCUCACCUCAGGGCCACCCAGUGACCCUGGGGCGAUGGUGGACCCCCAGACUCUUAGGCCCCCAACCCCCUGGGAAGGGGGCUCACUGACCCUUUGGGGGGGUCCUUGGACUUGCUGAAGCCCCCUUGGGGCUCAGCAGGUCCAACAAUGACAUUGCAAAAAGGUUUCUUUUUACAAAAGAAAAAGGAAAAACAAGUGGUGAUUUUUUUUUUUAAUAAAAAAACCACAGACUAUAAAUAAAUGUAAAUAUAUAAUAAGCGGAUUUACUUGCAAGAAAAUCAGAUAGUAUUUUUCUUUUAAUUCUUUUCCAGCUUUAAACUGUGAAAACAAAAAAUGGGGUGGGGUGGGGAACUUAAAAUUUAGCAGGGAACUUGUAAAGAGAAAACAGAACACAAAUAUACAAAUCCAUUAAAAAAAAAAAUACUGUUGUGAGAGAUUAGAGCUGGGCUUAAAGCAGGAGGGAGAGAAGAAAAGGCCCUAGGGAGCUGCAGGGAGUUUCUGUGGCGAAAGAUCUCUUCCUUAUACCGGGAAGGUGCUGCUACCGUGGAAGAGAGAGUCAGGGUGGAGAAUCCAGUCUUCACGAAGGAAAUCGCACACCCCACUCUCACACACACACACACACACACACACACACACACAGUCACUCACAGGGAUACACGUGCCAUCUAAGCCCUUCCACCCCCAUACACAGCCAGAGGCAGAGUUCAUAAAAGCCGGACUCAUGCCCUCCAAAGCCAUGGACAAUAACAGCUCCAUAUCGGCCUUUCUGCUCACGCGUGCCCUCCCUCCACACACACGCACACCAUGCUUGCAUGCAUGGAAAGAGCACCAGUCUAGAAUCCAGCUUUGAGUUCUGGAAUCCCUUACUGUGUGGCCUCUGUGGGCCUCAGUUUCUCCCUGUGUAAGCAUGUGGACUGACCCCGAUGAGCUCCAAAGGCCCAUUCUUAUUCUUGGCGUCUAUGACUUUUAAGAUCUGCCACCUGCCCAGACGAAGAUGCCAGGGAUGACCAAAAUAGCUGCCAUCCAGCCCCCAGACAUUGAGAGCAUUUCCAAAUCAUCGCCAGUCAGCCGUUCAGACACACACACACACAGCCCAUAUGCCUCCUCACUGUGCUCCCAACCCCCCGCCCCUACAUCCAAU